UGAUUUCAUCCAACCUAGGUUGGGAGCCCAUAUUGACUACCAGAGCUAUCAUCAUCAUAGGCCUUGGGGCCUUCAGAGAUCACAACUGUCACCCAGAAGAGCAAGAUGCUUUGAACCAUGGAAGAUUGCACUAAUCGUCUUGGCCAUUGUUUUUGUAGCAGCAAUCAUCGGCUUCCUAAUUUUUUAUUUGCAAAAUGAUCAAAGGAUGUUCUACUACAGUGGCAACUUCAAAAUCAGUGGUGUCCAAUAUAAUAAUGAUUUGUCACGACAGUCCUCAGAUGACUUCAGGGAUGCAGGAAUUUGGAUUGAAAAACUGAUGCAUGAAACAUUUCACAAUUCUGUAUUAAGGCAUAAAUACAGAGGCUCACGGCUUGUCAGGGUGAGCCCAGACACAGGUGGAGUGAUUGCACAAGUCGUGCUCAUGUUUCUCUUCUCAUCCAAUGAUGAUAAAAUGGUGCACCGGUCAACAAUCAACAGGAUUUUGCGGCAGAGGUUGAAAAUGUAUCCUGGGUCUACUCACAUUGACCUUGCCUCUUCGUCCCUCACAGAUAUAAAGCAACAAACAGCUGAAACCAUCCUCAAUGACUUCUGUGGGCUUCGAUACAACAAAUCAGCAGGCACAUCAAGAAUAACUGGAGGACAAGCUAUUUCAAGGUCUGGAGAAUGGCCCUGGCAGGUCAGUCUCCAGAGAGCGAACCUUCAUCGUUGUGGUGCGACACUGAUCAGUAACACAUGGCUUCUGUCUGCAGCUCACUGCUUUAGAGAGGCAAGAGAUCCCCGUAAAUGGACUGUGACAUUUGGAACCUAUUUAAAGCCUCCCCUAAUGAUACGGCGUGUCAAGACCAUUAUUGUUCAUGAAAAGUACAAAUACCCUGCCCAUGAAUAUGAUAUUGCUGUUUUGCAGCUAGCUAGACGUGUGGAGUUUACAACAGCUGUUCGUCAGGUUUGCCUUCCAGAUGCAAGAGAUGUUUUCCCAUACAAUAUAGAUGCUGUUAUUACAGGAUGGGGAGCAGUUAGUAAUGAUGGUCAAACCCCCAAUGUUCUUCAGGAAGCAACUGUAAAGCUGAUAGACUCAGACACUUGCAAUCGGAAAGAAGUGUACAAUGGGGCUAUAACUCCUGGAAUGCUGUGUGCUGGGUACCUGGAAGGAGGAGUAGAUUCCUGCCAAGGCGAUUCUGGUGGUCCAUUGGUUGUCCCUGACAUAAGAAACAUGUGGUAUCUUGCCGGCAUAGUGAGCUGGGGUGAUGAAUGUGGAAAGCCAAAUAAGCCUGGAGUCUACACACGAGUAACGUACUUUCGAGACUGGAUUACUCAACGAACUGGACUCUGAUGCAAACGUCUGUUUUACACUAUAAAUAUAUGUAGUAUGCAGGUCAUACUGGUCUGUAUCUUGCACAGAAGCACAAUAUAUGUAUAUGUAAGAGAGAGAGAGAUUGCAGGAGAGACUGUGUGAGUGAGUGAGCAUGAGUAUCUGCACUAUUUACAAAACUGCAGCUUUUGCUUAAUUGUGUUAAGAAGAAAACCAUGGACUCAAGAUGUUAAAUCAGGCAAAAGCACCUACUGAUGAUGUAUUAUUAUUUUCUCUGCAUGCAUCAGAACAUGCAUUACCUCUGACUAGCAUAACUUCAGUAAUACGCUUCACUCUAGCUGUUUUCUACCUCUCCCCAAAAUGCCCCAUCACCUCCAGAAUUGCUUAAAGAAACGGUGAGGACAUUUCUCUGAAUGAUAUUCUGAUGAAUCAUUGCUAUAUUGGUUACUUGCUUUCCACUCAGAAACAUGUCACCUAGCCGUUUUUUUGCAGUGGCUGCACAGCUAUAUUGAAUGAUUACAGGCAAAUUUGGGGGUACUUCUAACUAGCACUGACAAAACAUAUUGUAUAGCUUUUCAGAACUCCACUGAUAUUUUACCAAUAUUCUAAAGACACUAAACCAGGUUUUCCUAAAACAGCAUUAAUUUUUGCUUGAACUACCUAUUUGUUAUCUUUAUUUCACUUUCAUCACUAAUUUGAGCUAACGCUUUCUUUUGAGGAAGCCCAAAGGAUUAAGGUAGAAGGCAAAAGGACAACAUGGGGAAAGAACUAAUAGGGAAAGGUAGAGAAAAAAAUUAGAAAGAGGGUUCAGUUAAGCAAUGAAAGCUGCAAACGUCAUUACUAAAAUUACAGACAUGAAUGUUAAGAAAUCAAAUGCCACAUCAGUGUUUACCUCUUCCCUCAUUAUUUCAGAAGCACCAAAUACUUUAAGAAAAACUUGAUGAAUACACAUUUUUGAUUCAUUAAUAAACAAACCAGAAUUGUUUUUCAAUGAAAAAACUUUAAAUGAAAAAAUGUUUCAUUGAUAGUACAAGAGUUGGGGAGGUUUCUUGACUCAAUAACAGAAGUCAACCAGGCAGUAUCAUGGUUUCUGUGUAAGCCCAUUUUUUUCCAAAGCCCAACAUGAUAGAGAAAUGGCUUUGUUUAGAUGCAGAGCGCUGAAUAUGUUCCAAAGCUACUCUACUGUUUACAUGUGCCUCAUUCUAAAGAUUUCCAGAAGUCAAAGGUCAUAUUAGACUAGAACAAGCUAAUCUGAGUUCAAAAAGCAAAGCCCAGAUGGAACUGAAAAGAACAUUACUGGCUGAAUGUGAAGUUGAAGAAUGCAUUUUCUGCCAUAAAUGUUAUUGAACAGUUUCUGGUUGAUUUUGGUGAAGCGUAAUUUAUAUGACAAAUUAUUCUACUUCCAAUGUAUUGAAAAGGACAACUUGCUGCCUUGCACUGGUGCUAAUCAUGAAGCAUAGGUUCAUUAAAUAAAUAAAUGGACUCAAUUAGGAUCAAAUGGACUGCAAAAUCUCAGGGAAUCCACUAGUGUGGUGUAGAGGUUUGAGCACUAUACUACUACUGGAGACCAGGGUUUGAAUUGCCACUCGGCCAUUAAACCCACUUGGGCAAGUCACACUCUCAUAGACUCAAUAGAAAGGCAUUGACAAAGCCUUCUGAACUACUCUUGCCAAGAGAAUCCUGUGAUAAGAGCUGCCUUAGGGUUGCUAUAGAUUGGAAACCACUUGAAGACACGCAACAAGAACAAGAAUAAUUAAAAGAGUAAAUGUUCUGAAAUAGAAAAUGAAUAUACUGUUUGCUUUACUCAUUAUAUCAGUGUUUUCCAAAUUGACCUAUAUGUAAAUAUGUCCUAAUUUGUUUCAUCCCCACAAUGUGGUUUCAAUAAAAAUAUACUUUCCUCUGA